GGAACAAAAGCCGCGGUCCGGUCAGAGCGGGGGAGCCGGAAAUGUCCCGAAAAUCCGCCUGAGAACAAAGCUAUGGUUCGGCCGCAUGUGCUUCUUUCUGCUUUUUUAAUGCCUUCAUCUUUCAAGCUCAUCGGCGCAAUUCCUCCAUCCGGUCUUGUUCGUCCAUGGUCUUCCACCACACCAUGACGAUCAUUUUUUAAUCUCGUUAUUGAAUUCCCUGGUGAUCCUAUUCCCCUUCCCCCUCCUCCUCCCGUGCUUCUCUUAUAAGACAGGCCUGCACAUCUGCCUCCGCUCGCUUUCUUGGGUGGCCUUUUUUUUUGUUCUCCCCUCCCCCCCCCUCCGAGGUUCCCUCGCCCACUUCUACCUUCUUACCUUGUCUUGUUCCUUUCGUCAAUAAUCGUAAUCAUGGGUGCCGUGGAGAUCCCCCCUCUACAAUAUACUCCCGUUGAGGAGAUCCAGUCUCAUGUCUCGACGGCUCGCAAGACAUUCAAUGCGCACAAGACCCGCGAUGUGGAGUACCGGCUGGUCCAGCUCCGCAAGCUUUACUGGUCUGUGAAGGAUCAUCUAGAGGAAAUGCGCGAAGCGCUACGAUUGGACCUAGGCCGACCUAAAUUUGAGGCCGAACUCGGCGACACCAACUGGGUGCUGAACGAUAUCAUCUUUGUGUGCCGCAACUUGGAGAACUGGGUCAAGGAUGAGAAGGCGGAGAAUAUUGAUAUCACUUUCAAGCUCAUGAACCCGAAAAUCCGGAAGGAUCCGUUGGGUUGUGUUUUGGUCAUUGGACCGUUUAAUUUUCCUUUCCAGUUGACCCUGGGUCCGGUUAUCGGUGCCAUCGCCGCUGGUUGUACGGUGGUGGUCAAGCCCAGUGAAAAGUCCUCCCAUUGCGCCGUGGUCAUCCAGCGGAUCAUCGAGGCGGCGCUGGAUCCGGAGGCGUACAUAGUAGUGCAGGGAGGAGUCUCGGAGACUCAGGCGCUCCUUGCCGAGCGGUGGGAUAAGAUCUUCUUCACCGGCAGCGCCAACGUCGGCCGCAUCGUCUGCAAGGCAGCUGCGACUCAUAUGACCCCGAUCGUGCUCGAGCUGGGGGGCCUCAACCCUGCGUUCAUUUCCAGAAACGCAGAUCCCAGGCUGGUGGCGCGUCGGCUACUGUGGGGAAAAACCCUGAAUGCCGGACAGCUCUGCACCUCGCAGAAUUACAUGCUCGUAGAGAGACCCAUUCUGCCCGCGGUGGUCGAGGAGUUCAAGAAGGCCUACAGCGAGUUCUGGCCGCAGGGAACGAAGAAGGACUUCAGUCGCAUCAUUGACGAUGCGUCGUUCCAGCGCAUCAAGAGGAUGGUCGACAACACAAAGGGCAAGAUCCUUCUGGGAGGAACGAUGGACGAGAAGGAGCGCUUCAUCGAGCCAACGCUCGUGCAGAUUGACUCCAUCAAUGACUCCUUGGUCACCGAGGAGAGCUUCGGUCCCCUGUUAACCAUUCUCCCCGUCGACAGCCUCGAUGAGGCUAUCGAGAUCGCCAACGGUGUGCAGGCUACACCCCUGGCUCUCUAUCCGUUCGGCACCAAAGCCGAAGCUGAGAAGAUUCUUUCCCAAACCCGCUCCGGCGGUGUCUCCAUCAACGAUGCGUCGCUGCACAUCCCCACUCUCGAAUUCGGCGGUGUAGGCGAAAGUGGCUCCGGCGCCUACCGUGGCAAGGCCAGCUUCGACGUCUUCGUGCACCGCCGCGCCAUCACCACCAGCCCUGGCUGGGUUGAAUCCGCCCUGGCCAUCCGCUAUCCGCCGUUCGGCAAGAAGCAGGACUUCUUCAUCAAGGCCGGCAGCCUGACUCCGGACUUUGAUCGCAACGGACAGAAGCUUCGCCUUGGCUGGCUCCGCUAUCUAUUGACGCUUGGAGGCGGAUCGGCCAAGUCCGGCGUCACUCGUGCCACCAUUGUUGCUGCGGUGGCGUAUUUCGCAUUACAGCUCCUCGACCGCAGGGGUUCAAGGCUGUAAUGUUGACGAUCUCAAGCACGCUUAUGUCAUGUUCUAAUCUAUUCUUGGUAAUUGAACUUUGAGAUGAUUGAGUGAUGUUUUUACUGGGUUUUGGGAUUUGUCCGAUAUGUCUUGUGCUUGAUUCAUGUUGUCUGCUAUCCCGGUCCCCUCCCACCGUUUUGGUGGAUGACCGGAUCUGAUAUGGGUUGACCUUCGAUCUUCACCAUGUUUAUGAUUAUGUAUACUAUAGUUUGUUUGCAUCUUGUGUUCUGCGGAAUGGGGGUUGUAUAUAUGAUUUUUAGGUUCGGGGUGGUUAGCGAGCAGGCUAGCUACUAGCCAGCAAGCAGAAAUCCAAGUAUAAUU